AUGGGGAGAGGAUGUGAGCCUAGUUCAACAAGGUCAAGUGUUGGUUCUUCUAGAGCACCAACUGAAUCACAAUCAAGCACAAAGAGAAGAAGAGGUCGACAAAGAGGUUCUACAAAACAGGCUAGUGCUACUGGAAGGGGAAGAGGAGCUGCAACUGGUAAUGGAACAGGGAUUGGUGUUGCUGCUGAUAGUUCUGGUGCCACUGGAAGGGGAAGAGGAACUGGAACUGGAACUGGUUUAGCUGGAAGGGGAAGAAGAACUAGUGUAGCUGCUACUGCUACUGAUGUUCCUGGUGCUACUAGAGGAGGGAAGAGGCCAAGAAUGGUUGGAAUGGGGAUAUUACAUACACAGAGUGGUUUUACAAUCCACAAUCCUGGAAUGCUUAUGAACUCUUCAAUAGUGACUGAAAAUCUUAGGCAUCAUAAACCAAGAUCAUGCUUAAAAUGGAAAGGAAAGGCUGCUGUAACUCAACAAGGUCUUCAAGAGAUGAGAGAAAACAAAAGAAUAAGAACAAGGUCCAAUGCUGCUGAACUGUGA